GCCAUGAACUCCUUCCGCAUCAUCACCACCAGCUGCCUUCUCUUUCUGGUGCUUCAGCUCCCAGGGCCUGGAGGAGCCAACCCACUGCACCCUGCCAUGCCCAAAGCAGACCUGAUGGACUUCAAGACUUUGCUGGACAACUUGGAGGAUCAAAUACCCCCGGAAGAUCCAGAUAUGCCCCCGCAGAUGUUGGCAGAGCAGAACGAAGAGGCUGAAGCUGAGCGGCAGACCUGGCCCCAAGAGGCCGACGGGAUCCAGAGAGACCGAGGACUAGUCCCCAGGGACCCAGUCUCUGCCGAUGAGAGCAGCGUCCCUCUUCGUACUAAGCUCAGGCCAUUCUCUCGACCCCUCGUAGUACUCGGAGGUCCGGCUGUUUUGGGGGUAGGAUCGACCGGAUCGGAAGCCAUACUGGACUGGGCUGUAACAGCUUCCGGUUUCAAAAAUAAUGGCCACAAGGAAAAAGCAGCGUGGCCCGGCCCUUCUCUGCCCGCCUCGCUGCAGUCUCCACCCACUGCAUCCCCUGGAAGUCUGCUGGGAGCAUCCGGCCCAGUCGCCGCUGCCUUAUGUUCCGAGCUAAAUGCACUGCAGCUACACUGUGCAACACCCCGCACUUAG